UGUAGCUGUAAAAAGAAAUAGAAAAUAUUAAAUAUUUCGAAAUAAAAAUAAUAAUCUCAAAAUAUUAAAAUAUAGGGUUUCAAUGGCGACUCCGGGUAGGAAUACUGUCAAAGUUUUCGUGUACAUAGGAGGCCAGAUUGUUUAUGAUGGAUUGUCAGUGAAUUAUGAUCAAUCUCAUCAUACAGUCGUACGAGUGAAACGCGAUAUAUCUUUCUCAGACUUCUUGGCGAAAAUAUACUCACGUUGCCGAAUAGAUAGAAAUGAAUUUGUGUUAUCGGUGUCGGGCAAAAUAUCACGAUGGUAUCAAAAUCAGUGGAGCGAGAUAGUUUCUGAGAUAACAAGUGAUGAUGAUUUAGAAAUCUAUUUGCACCCGGAUGAAGGAAACGAUUCCAUAGAUGUUUAUGUUGAGUCUCAGCCUUUAUACAAUCCUUUGAUGCCUUCACAAUUCACUACAUCAGAGCCUCUCAACAUCAAUUAUUGCGCCGCAAUUCUAUUGAAAAGUGUUCGUGAAAAUCCAGUUUGUGAGAUUUCAAAGGCAAGAGAGAUUGUGACCGCGCAAAUAGGAUAUGAGAUAUCCUACAUGAAGGCAUGGUACACUUUGAAGCGAUGCAGAGAAAAUGUAUAUGGAACAUGGGAGAGUUCGGUCCAGAAGUUGCCAAAAUUUAUGAAAGCACUGCAACAAAGGAAUCCAGGCACAGCUGUUGAGUGGGAACAUCACGCGACAAAUCAUCCAUCGAAAUUCAUAAUCAAAUACGUCUUCUGGGCCUUCAAGCCGUGUAUUGAUGGUUUCAAAUACUGUCGUCGGGUGAUCAGCGUCGAUGGAACUCAUUUGUACACUAAGUAAAAACAUAAGAUGUUGCUUGCUGU